GGCACUUCUGGGGGCGCAGUUAGUAAUAACAUUAGUAAUGAUCAGUGUUAUUCAAAAAUUGGGUCCCCAUUAUUCUUUCGCCAGAUGGUUGUUGUGUUCUACAGGCCUAGUUCGUUAUUUAUACCCAACAGAUAGCGAACUAAGAGAACUGGCGAAUAUUCCUAAAGAGAAAAAUAAAAAUCGUAAAAACCCGAAGGUACAAACGAAUGGAAAUACUAAAGCAGAUACAUUUCACAUACCCAGAUCCUUAGACAUUAAAUUAGACUGUAUAAAGAUUACUAAUAUGGAUGUGAUACAUUUAAGAUAUUACACAGAGUAUCAGUGGCUUGUAGAUUUUUCUGUUUAUGCUUCUAUCAUAUAUUGGGUUACAGAAAUAUAUCAGGUAUGGUUUCCUUUGAAAAAUGAAAUAAAUUUAAGCAUGAUUUGGUGUAUGCUGGUUAUAUUAUUUGCUGUCAAAUUACUCUUCACCUUAACUGUUCAGUACUUCAAAGGGGAGGAAUCUAUAGGUGAAAGAUCGACAUGUAUCGUCAUGGGUUUUAUUUAUUUAUUGGUUUCCAUGAUGAUACUGAUAGUAGAUGAAAACACCCUAGAAGUCGGACUGGAGGAUGCUUAUGACAGUUUUAAUAAAAGUGCAUCUUCAUUUUUGGAACAGCAAGGGCUUGCAUCAAGUGGACCUGCUUCAAAAAUAGUUCUAAAAUUCUUUAUAGCUGUUUGGUGUGGAAUUUCAGGUGCCCUUUUUACUUUCCCUGGACUCAGGCUCGCUAAAAUGCACUGGGAGCUUCUUAAGUAUUUUCAAGAAAACAAAGUUAAGCAGUUGUUACUCAAUUUGUCAUUUUCAUUGCCAUUUAUUUUAUUGAUUUUUUGGAUAAAACCCGUAUCGAGGGAUUAUUUCACAGGGAGAGAAGAACCUAUAAUGACUGAGUCUACUUUUGAAUCUAUAAGAUUGGUAGUGGUCGUGGCAACCAUGAUCCUCAAACUGAUAUUAAUGCCUUGGUAUUUACAGGCGUACCUAGACAUGGCCUACCAUAGAUUGGAAAAUCAGAAAAAAGAGGCCGGAAGAAUCACAAAUACAGAAUUACAACAACAGAUUGCAGCAGUAUUUUACUACCUUUGUGUAGUAACGCUUCAAUAUGUAGCGCCCCUAGUUCUGUGUUAUUUUUUCACUCUCAUGUAUAAAACUUUAGGAGAAUAUAAUUGGAGUGGAGAACUUCUGAACCAACAUUUAGUUAGUAAUGGUACAGAAUUGAAUAGCGAAACUUUGAAGCCAAAUAUCGAGAUCUUUGAAUCGACUGAAGACACCAAAAGUAUCAGCGAGUCAGCUGCGGAAUUCCACCUGACUUUGGAGAGUUUAAAAUCGGUGUUUACAAAGACUGUAUAUAGAGGAUUAUUUGGAUUCGCUUCAUGGUGGUGUCUGUUUUUGUAUUUCGCCACCACGUCUUUUGGACUGGUUUACCAAACGUAUUUUUCGACAUCAUAA